AUGCGUAUCUUCGUCACAGGUUCCACCGGCUUCAUCGGUUCAGCCGUCGUCAAAGAACUUCUCUCCGCUGGUCACGAAGUCCUCGGCCUAGCUCGCAGCGACAAGGGAGUCGAGCAGUUGAAGGGUCAAGGCGCUGAGGCCCUGCGCGGCAGCAUCGAGGACCUACAAGUCCUCAAGAAGGGAGCCUCUGAGUGUGACGCCGUCAUUCAUCUAGCCUUCGUCCACAACUUCGCCGAUUACGCGGGCUCCUGUGCCACGGAUCGGGCUGCCAUCACUGCGAUGGGCUCCGUCCUGGCUGCCGCGGACGGUGACCGCGCCCUGGUCAUUACUUCGGGCACCAUGAUGCUGGCACGCGGCAAGUUGGGAGACGAGGACGAUGGGGCCGAUAUGACCAACCCGAUGGCUGCAGCCCGCGGCGCCUCCGAACCAGUCUGUCUCGACUUUGCCAAACAAGGCGUGCGCACCAGUGUCGUACGCCUGCCACCCACCACGCACGGCCCUGGUCUUUCGGGUUUCAUGGGGCUUUUUGUCACCGUCGCACUGGAGAAGGGUGUUUCGGCCUAUGUCGCCGAAGGCCAUAACCGCUGGUGCGCUGGCCACCGCGACGACGCUGCUAAACUGUACCGGCUGGCAGUGGAGAAGGCAAAGCCUGGUUCCAUCUUCCAUGCGGUGGCCGAAGAGGGUGUGCCACUGAAGGACAUCGCGACUGAGGUUGGGAAGCAGCUGAAUAUUCCUGUAGUCAGCAUCCCAGCGGAGGAAGUGGAAGACCAUUUCGGCUGGUUUCAUUUUGGCUCCACAGCUGAUAAUGAGGCCUCGAGCACAAAGACAAGGGAGCGGUUGGGGUGGAUGCCUGUAGGCCCGACAUUGAUCGAAGAUGUCCCGGCUAUCAUCGACUUUAUGAAAUCUCAGAAAGCAUAA